AUGGCGGACUAUUUACAUAAAACGUGUGCUGUUUGUCUUACACAGUUUGGUAAAAAGUCAUCAAAAGUUCAAAAGAUUACUCCAGCAAUUGAAACAAAGAUAAAAACUUUUGUCUGGAGUCAGUAUAGUUUAGAUGUAACCAACUAUCCCAAGGUUAUUUGUAACAACUGCCACAGAAACCUCUAUGAUCUCGAUAGGAACAAAGUGGAGUACCUAGGCAACUGGAUAGAAAAGAUAUCCAAGAUUGAAAGAUUGCAUCUUAGAAGAUCAUCAAAUAUCAACGACAUUGUUGAUGAAAUUAAUGCUUCUAAUGAUUCUGAAUGUGCCAAGUCCUCCAGACUAUGUUCAACAUGCUUUGGUUUUGUAGUGCAAGGAGUAGUUCAUAUCUGUACAGAGAGCAAAGCUGCUAAUAAUCUCAUUGUAGCAGCAGAGCAGCUUGGAUCUAAAUAUUCAGAACGGGUAGCCUCAGGUAUACUUAAGCACAAGAUGGAAGCUGAAAAUAUUUGUAGAGGACAGAAGUUUCAACUGGCUACUCAAGAGUAUCCUUUGAACAUUGUGGUUGGAACUCCUGACAAAAAAACUGACCGAAUUGAGCUGAAACAGAUAUCCUUUAGUACUGUUAUGGAGUUGGUUGAAUCUCUUGAGCUUUCAAAAAAUCAAACAAAGAAUUUUUGUUCGAUAUAUAGAUUUAGUAUGGGAACUCAAACCUGCAUUAAAGCGAACAUCUUUGAAAAAAUCGAGGCUCUCCAUAACUGUAUAGAUGAAUUUUACACUUCUAAAGAAGUAGAUUUUAUGGAUGGUUAAGAAGUCAUUACUAGAACAUUGGUUCAUGUAAAAGACACAUCUACAUUUAUACAGCACGUCAUUACAGAAAGAGGAUUUAAAAAGAAUGAUUUAAAAACCUUUUUUAUUACUACCUGCCAAGUUUUAUUGAAAAAAAGGCAUGCCCAGACACCUUUAAACUUUACCCCAAUGGCUCGUGAUCUUGGCAGUAUUUCAGAUUUGCAAGCAGCAGAGUGGGCUAUGCAUAAUAAUAAUCUUACUCUUGGAUUUGAUGCUACAACACAAGAAGGUGUCCACAUUAAUAGCAUUAACUUAACAUCUAAAGAUAAAUGCUCUACAUCAGUUACCAGGAGGAACAGCAAACGAUUAUGAAGGUCCUAUAUGCACUUCAAUUUAUUAUAUGGCAUUUUUUUAUUCAGAUUUUUACCAAAGUAGCUUUGAUGAAUGUCGUAACUCGAUUAUUGAAAACAUAUCUAACACAAUGUUAGAUAAAGUUGCAGUGAACCAUCUUACUAUAAGCAAAGUUUGUGCACUCUGGGGCAAGAAUUUGAAUGAGCUGAAAUGCCAUUUGCACCCUCUUGACACAAUUGCAGUUUCAUGUUGCUCAGCGUUACAGUCUCUUGAGAGUGAGAGUUGCCAAUUAUUUGGAAAUGAUUGUAUUACAGUUAAAAUUAUUUUAGCCAUGAACAAAAUGAGUUUUAUAGACGUCAAAGGUGAUCCAAAGAUUUGUAAGUUUUUUAGAUGAAAACUAUCUACCACGGAGUAUUAUUCCAAUAUACACGAUAUUAUAUCGUGGUAUUUGGCUUCAUAUUCUAUUUCUUACUUGUUUUAUUUUUAUGAAACAUUAGAGUGAGCUUAAACAUUUCCUCACUGUUGAGUAAAAUGUAAAAGUUUGCUAGCAACUCUGAGAGCUGCAUUUUGUAAUAAAGCUGCCAUAAAAGAAAUGUGCAUGCUUGCAUUGUUUGUAAAAACUCAUUACUGGGCCUUGGAUGAAAAAGUUUUAUGUUUCAGGUGAGGACGCAACUUUUAAUCAUGUUUUGGUAUUCAGAUAGUGAAAAAAGUUUUGCUAAUGCCACAAUUUGCUACUUGCAAAUUAAGAUGUAAAAAGUAAAAGACUGUAGAUUAUUUAGAAAGUCUAGACCAACUGUCUAGAAAAAAAGAUUGGAAGAUGUUAUGUUUGACAGAAUUAUUGAAAGGAUUCUCUGCCAUGAAUGGUGCCAUGUUGACUCAUCCAAAUCUGUGAUGUAUAAUGGCAGAGUAGAAAAAUCAAGUAAAAGACAAAAUGAUAUAAUUUAUAGUAUUUCCUACUGGACAGAUGAUUAUACCUUGCUUAUAAUGGCAUAAUAAAUAGCCAUAAAUGUUUAUGGUAUAAGCCUUUAGGGUUGUAAGCAUGGCUUGGUUUCCAUUUGUGGCAUGUAAGUUAGUUAGCAAAAGCAAGCGUUUUUUUGAUAGACUACUCUGGUUUACUUUCACUUGGUGUCUAUUGUUAAAAAUGAUUAUUAUUUAGUUUCAUUAAUAAUGAAACUUAGUAUUUUAAUCAUUUGCUAAAAGCCAAGACAAAGUUAUUUAACCCUCCGGCAGUCGUGGUUGUUUAAAUUGAUACAAGCCAAUCAUUAUUAUCGUGUCUGGGUUUUGUAGUAUUGACUUGGUGUUCUGUUUUUUAGUAACCUGUUUUUUUCUUUUCUCUUUAGUUCUACCUCAAAAAGCACAAUUAAAUAACUUUUUUUGAAUGGUAUUUUUUAUCAUUUUAUGUAAAUUAAAACUAUGU